UAAUUUGAAAAGCAUCCGUGUCGAUAACUCCACAGCCCGGCAUUGAUUAGAUGCUCAUUCUGUGAUGCUGGCUCCACGUAAGCCCAUUUGAACAAACUGCCUGCCUGUAGUACCGAUCUUGCCUGACUCAGUUCUCUCUCUCUAUAUAUCGGCGGCUCAAGUCAAGCACACACCUCCAGCUUCCAAACGGCUUAAAUACCGGCAUGUCUCUCACCAGGACCCUGUCCUUUUCAUCCCCUAUCCAAAUAUGCAGGAUCAUGCGUCCUGAUGAUGCCAACAUUGUAGGCAAUGUGCACGGAGGCACCAUCCUGAAAAUGAUUGAAGAAGCGGGGGGCAUCAUCAGCACUCGCCACUGCAACACGCAGUCGGGGGAUCGCUGUGUGGCAGCUCUGGCUCGCGUGGAACGCACUGAUUUCCUCCACCCCAUGCUGAUCGGAGAGGUGGCUCACGUGAGCGCGGAGCUCACCUACACAUCCAGACACUCUGUGGAGGUGCAGGUCAACGUCAUGGCAGAAAACAUCCUUACAGGCUCCAAAAAGGUAACAAAUAAGGCAACGCUGUGGUAUGUUCCGUUCUCCCUUCAAAACGUUGACAAGAUCAUCGAAGUUCCUCAAAUUGAGUACGCCAGCCCGGAGCAGGAAGAGGAAGGAAAGAAACGCUACGAAGCUCAGAAAAUGGAGAGGCUGGAGACCAAAGAGAGGAACGGAGAAGCCAUCAUUCCAGUCAUCAGCCCAGACAGACAAACUAAAGAGGAGUACACCGUGGGAUUCAGCCAGUCCAGCCUGAUCCAUCUCGUGGGUCCGUCAGACUGCACUCUGCAUGGAUUUGUGCACGGAGGAGUCACUAUGAAGCUGAUGGAUGAGGUGGCUGGGAUUGUUGCUGCUCGACACUGCAAGACUAACAUCGUCACAGCCUCGGUGGAUGCCAUCAACUUCCACCGCAAGAUCAAGAAAGGCUGCGUGGUGACUGUGUCGGGCAGGAUGACCUUCACCAGUAACAAGUCGAUGGAGAUCGAGGUGUUUGUGGACGCAGACCCCCUGGUGGAGACAGCGAAAGGAAAGUACAGAGCGGUCAGUGCCUUCUUCACCUACAUUUCCCUGGAUAAGGAUGGAAAGCCACUGCCUGUCCCCACGCUAAAGCUCGAAACCCAAGAAGAGAAGAAGCGUUUCGAAGAAGGCAAAGUCCGAUACCUGCAAACGAAGGCCAAGAGACAGGCGGAGCAGGAACGCCAGCAGUGAGCUUUCACCCGGCGGGGACAAAUCAAGACAUACAGCAUAUAACCCUUCCAGAAGAAAAACAGCACUGAAGAGAAACCGUAUAUCACAAGCAACCAGAAUACCGUGUCAGUUCUACCUGAAAAAGUAUUGUUUUAUUAUUAAGUGUGCAUUGUGUCUCGGUGCAGUAUACCAAAGCAUAUACAUGUGUAUUUAACAGAAACAAAACUAAAUGCUUUAUCUUAUUUCAUCUUAAAAGUAUGUUUUAUUUUGAAAGGCUUGAACCACUAUGUGCAGAGUAUUUAAAUUAUAUGUGUUGUGCCACAUGGAAAAAUAACAUAAAUGCUACCACCUUCAUAAGGCUGCAUUGACUCCUUUGUGUCUGGUUUACUGAUUCAUUAAUGAAGGUGGUGCUGUAAGUGUAACCAGCCAAGUAACAGGAGAUACCAUUAUUAAUACCUGUACUGCAAACAAUUACUUGUUGGUUUGUACCCUUGUAAUAUCACAACAUGAAAAGUAUCCAUUGUGAUACCAUUCUAGCAAUGGCAGCCGGUCAGUCACGUACCAAUGUAGCUGCUCUGGUGCUACCAUUUCCCUCAAGGCAUGUACACUUGUGCCACGGACGAUUUGGUAAGGGUUGUGCGUACAAUUGCACAUAAUUUAAAUGUCUGGAUAAAGAUCUUACCGCCGAGGAACAGACAUGGUUCAACCAGGACCAUAUCUCUCUCUCCUCUUUCUGUGCUUGAAAGCUUUCAAAUAUCCAACCUCUGAAUACACCUCAAUAGUUCAUUUUAGAGUUUGGAUAUCAUUAACACACUGUUGCAUUUCUGUUCCAAAAAAAAACUUUUUGUGA